AAAAAAACAAAAAAAAACGGUGGCCAAUUAGACCAGCUGAAGAUAUGUUUUGAAACAGCUGGUAGCUUGUAUUUCAAGCUGGUCAUAGCUGGAUUUUACACUAGGGGAAAAGUUCUUGUCAGUAUGCUAUUCCCAAAAGGGAAGGUUACGAUGUUAAGUAUUGUUUGUAAGAGAUUGUCGAUUUAAAGGCAAAAACCGUAUACCGCCUGCGUGGAAUCUGUGAGCGAAAAUUCGAGUGUUUACCACACUUCCUCAUCAUCUGACAUCGGGUUAUCAAGCAAGGCCGUGCCAUUGAGGAACAUUCACCAAGCAGUCUUUCGACUGAUAAUACAGCAGUCAUGGCCAGCCCUGUUGCCUUCAUGGAGUCCCCUAUGUGCUUGAUUGAAAAUACGGAUGGAAACCUUUCUGUGAACCAAGAGGCAGUGGAUGUCUUGAUGGGGCUGAAUCAGCCAGUAGUCGUGGUAGCCGUGGUGGGCUUGUACCGCACUGGAAAGUCUUACCUCAUGAACAAACUGGCUGGGAAGAAGCACGGUUUUGCCCUGGGAGCCACUGUGCAGUCAAAGACUAAGGGCAUCUGGAUGUGGGCCCUGCCACAUCCCACAAGAGCAGGCCACGCCCUGGUGUUACUGGACACUGAGGGGCUUGGGGAUGUUGAGAAGGGAGAUCAGAAGAAUGACGCAUGGGUCUUCUCACUGGCCAUCCUCUUGAGCAGCAUGCUUGUUUACAACAGCCGGGGGACCAUAGACAACCAAGCAGUGGAGAAUCUUCAAUAUGUCACAGAGCUGACGGAACGGAUCAAAGUCAAAUCCCCCGGUGGCGCUUCAUCCGCUGAAGAUGAUGAGGACGGGGGAGAUGCACAGUUUGUGCAGUUCUUCCCCAAGUUUGUGUGGGCCGUCCGGGAUUUCACGCUGGAGCUCAAGAUUGACGGGAGGGCCGUGACUGACAACGAGUAUUUGGAACAUUCCUUGUCCCUCAGGAAAGGCAGGGACAAGAAGACUGCAGACUACAACCUCCCCCGGGAGUGCAUCCGCAGCUACUUUCCGACGAGACGGUGUUUUGUGUUCAUCACCCCCACCACUCCAGAGAACAUGUCACGUCUGGAUUCCCUGGAUGAAUGCGAUCUCAGCCAAUCAUUUCGCACCGUCACCUCCAGCUUCUGCAGUUACAUCUUUACGGAGAGCAACGUCAAGACAGUUAAAGGAGGGGUGCAGGUCACUGGAAGGAUGCUUGGUCAUUUGGCAAAAACCUACGUUGACACCAUCGCCAGAGGCGACGUGCCCUGCCUGGAGAACGCCGUGCUGGCUAUGGCGCAGAUCGAGAACGAGGCGGCGAGGAGAGACGCCCUGAAGGAGUACCAGCAGGGCAUGCAGGACCUCUGCUUCCCCGUGAACGUCCAGGAGAUGUCCCGGCAGCACAGGCUCUGCGACUCGCUGGCCACCAAGACCUUCAUGAGCCGCUCCUUCAAGGACGACAGCGGCGAGCACCUGAAAGCCCUGGCGGAGGCCAUCGCAGAGCACUAUGCCGAACUUCUCUGCCAGAAUGAACAAGCAUCUAAGGACCUGUGCAGGAACCUCCUGGCUCAACUGUCUGCCCCGAUGGGCAAGAAGAUGCAGGAGGGCUUCUACGCCAAACCGGGGGGCUACGAGCUUUACUGCGCGGACAACGAUGCUGUCGUGGCCCAGUUCCGCAGCACGCCCAACAAAGGGGUUGUGGCGGAGGAGGUACUGGAAGAGUUCCUGAAAGAAAAAAGUGUGGAAUCCAACUCCGUUCUUCAGGCUGACAACAAGCUGAGUGAGCAGGAGAAAAGGAUUCACGAGCAAACCCAGAAAGCCGCUCUGCUGGAGCAGCAAAGGCAGGCAGAGGAGGAGCAGCGCGUGGAGAUGGAGAGGACCAUGGAGGACGAACGGCGGAGCCAGGAGGAGAGGAUCCGCAUGAUGACGGAGAAGAUGGAGGAACAGCUGAAGAACCAGCUGGCAGAGGCAGACAGGGCCAUGGAGAGUAAGCUGCUGGAGCAGAAGAACCUGCUGGAUAAAGGAUUCCGAGAGAAGGCUGAACUCAUGAACCAGGAGAUCCAGAUCCUCAAGGAGACGAAAAACGAGUCUAAACAGAGGGUGGCCAUUUUAGAACAGGAGAAAAGGAGGGAGACGGAAAGACUAGAACUGGCUCAGAAGAUGCUCAGGGACCAAGAAGAGAGUCACCAGGAGACCAUACUUCAGUUACAGGUCAAGAAGCAGAAGGAGGCGGCUGAGGCCAUGAGAGAGUUGGAGCAAGCAAUGGAGAGCAAACUGCAGGAACAUGAGCGGCUGAUGGCCAAGGGGUUCCAGAGGAAAGAGGAGGCCCUGAAGGAGGAGAUCCAGGAACUGAAGAACAAUAUGGAAAUCACCAAGGAGAAGGACAAGGCCGCCCAGCGGGAGGCAGUGGUGAGCAUGACCAGAGUCCUCGCCAAUGGAGUCCAAACUUACAUGGAGUACAUGAGCCUCCAUGAGAACCGCAUUAUGAAGGAAGAGCAACGCAAGGAGGCACAAUACAGGCUCCAGCUGGAGAGAAGCAGACAGGGCAGGGGGUUAAAGCAAGUUGUUCAGGGGAAAGGAGAACCGAACCUUCACCAGCACCAGCGAGGAAAGCCCAAACCUGGACAGACAAGCUCCUAAACGGAUAGCGCGGAGACGCAGGCAAGCUCUUCACAGUCCAGUGCGAGGCCUGAGAAAGAAGAAGAUCCACAGCAUGAAGUCCUUGAAGUCUAAUGAAUUCCAUAUUGUAGUGUGCGUGUUAAGCUUUUAAAAUGAAUUAAUCUUGUUUUACAGUGUUAACAUACAGCAGGUUUCAGUAAUGCUUUGAGGCUUCAUGGUGAUGCAGGUUGCAGUUGAGAUGCAUAUUCAAUAUACUUCCACAAACAGUACCAUGCAAAAUGCACAUGUAAAACCUUGAAGAGGUUACAUCAUUCUGCAAAACCAAAAAUUAUCAAAUUCAUAUAACUAUGAAUUUUAUACUGGGCAGACAUAAAAAAAGGUGUUUCUGGGGCAAGGCAGAUAAUUUUUCAUACAUCCAUCCAUGCAUCUUCUAUAGGGUUUGCUCUCAGUCAGGGUUGUGUGGGAAAUGGAACAUGAAUUGUAUAGGGCCUGCUGGGAAACUAAUGUUGAAACCGUAAUCUUCAAAUUGUACUUUUUCUUUUUGCAGCAUCAUUAAAAAUACAUUUACUGUAAAAAGUUAAA